GACUUAAAUUUCAUGAAAACAUGAUGAGCACAGAGAUUAACGCGUUGGAGCUCGCAACACGGUAUGAAAUACAUGAUGAGCACAGACAUUAACGCGUUGGAGCUCGCAACACGGUAUGAAAUACAUGAUGAGCACAGAGAUUAACGCGUUGGAGCUCGCAACACGGUAUGAAAUACAUGAUGAGCACAGAGAUUAACGCGUUGGAGCUCGCAACACGGUAUGAAAUACAUGAUGAGCACAGAGAUUAACGCGUUGGAGCUCGCAACACGAUUACAAAGCAGUGAUACAUCACAACGCAUGCAACAAGAUAUAAAAGGCGUAUCGCCAUAGAAGGCGAAAUCCAUUGCAGACGCGGUUAACAAUAAAAUUAAAGGUGGUGAAUAUACAUACGAUUUAGAUGUUGAUGUAUAGCCAGAGUCAGGAGUAUGGAAAGGAUGGAGAAGAACCAAUACCAAGAUUUCCAAUUAAUCAGGAAGCUUGAAAAGGUAAGGGAUAGUAUGAUUUACCAAUGAAAUCGUUUGGAUUUGAUGAAAUUUUCUUAGGCCUAGUUGGAGUAGGAAGGACACCGUUGAAAAUAGGAAGCACCAUCGCUAUAAUUAUGGGUUUGAAGAUCUUCGUAAAUAAAAGAAAAAAUGUAUACAAUUCGACUCCAAAAAUCUUGUAGAAAUGUAGAGGAGAGUACCAGGAACACGUAGAUACCAAAUAUAGAUAAUCCACGAUAGAUUUAAGAGCUAAAAUUUUCGAACGAAGACGAGCGCGUGUAAACAAAACAACCGCCGAUCGCACCAAUUUAUAAACUUUGAUUUCUCGGCGAAAAAAGGACCAAUUUCAGCCAAUAAACUCUUGAAAUGAUCGCUAGACUUUUAGCUACAAGAUUAUACCAUAAAGUAAGGCCAAUGAACAAUUUUGAAGGAAGAAGAUCAAAAUUUCGAAGAGCACCGCCGGAAAAUUCAAUGGCCUUGCAUUUUUGACCUUGCUAUGGCAAGAUAUCAGGCCGUGUAAUUUAAGUAGGCCAUGGUUGACCUUUUCUUUCUGGUUGGCACUGAUGAGUUCUCAAUUUCUCCUAAACUUCUCCUUAUUUACGCAUAAAAACACUCAAAACAUCUCAAAAAUGAAAAUCAACAAGUCUCGCCGAGACAAAGAUAAGAAUAUUACAAGUCAUUCCAUGUUAUUCCAUUUCAUAAAUGGCGUGCUUUUUCAUCCUUAUUGCUGUGAUAGUGUUUGCAUUCAAUUGCUCCGGCGUCAAUGCCGACGAUCUUGCAAGGUUUGAUUGUUAUCCAGAGGGACGGGACAGUAUGUUGAAUAAAACAUUGUGCGAGAAUCGUGGAUGUCUUUGGAAAGAACCAUUAAGCGAUAAUAAAGCUCCAUCGUGCUUCUAUCCGAGCGGUUUCAACGCAUACAAACUGGCUAAAAAGGAGACCCUCACCUCAGAAAGGCAGGAUAUAAUUUAUCACCUACAAAGAGUAGACAAAAGAGUGUUGUAUGGAAAUCAUAGCGACAAUAUAACAGUUCAUGUGCAUUUCUAUAACAGCGAUGUAUUAAGGGUGAAGUUAUACGACAACAACGUGGACAGGUACGAAGUUCCAUUGAAGUUCAAUAAUCAAUCGUUCGAUGGUGGAGAGACGAAGUACAGAGUACACGCUGAUGAAUUUCCAUUUGCAUUGAAAAUAAUACGAAGCAAAGACGACACUCUAAUAUGGGACAGUUCGGUAGCACCGUUGAUCUUCAGUGACCAAUACAUUCAAAUCUCAACGAAACUACCCUCUACAUAUCUUUAUGGUUUCGGUGAACAGGAACAUGCGAGUUUCGCGCGAGGAAUGGACUGGAAAACAUUGGGAAUGUUCUCACGUGAUCAGUUCCCAUUCGCAGCAGCAGAAGGAAAUACAUAUGGAGUACAUCCAUUCUAUAUGAGCUUAGAGAAGAGUGGUAAAGCACACGGUGUAGUGCUUGUCAAUAGUAACGCAAUGGAUGUGACUCUACAGCCAACGCCAGCUUUGACGUACCGAACAAUUGGUGGAAUAUUGGAUUUUUACUUUUUCCUUGGACCAUCACCCGAGGAUGUUGUGCAACAGUACACAAAGUUAAUUGGUCGACCAUUCAUGCCGCCAUACUGGAGUCUUGGUUUUCAACUCUGUCGCUAUGGUUACAAAGAUUUGAACGAGGUGAAGGAAGUUGUAGGGGAAAUGAAGAAAUACAACAUACCACAGGAUGUACAAUACGGAGAUAUUGACUACAUGGAGCGACAACUCGACUUCACGUACGAUAAAUCAACAUACGACGGACUGCCACAGUUUGUGAAUGACAUCAAAAAGGAAGGACUAAAGUACAUAAUUAUUCUGGAUCCUGCCAUCAGUGUGAACGAGACAACGAUGUAUCCAACAUAUAGUGAAGGUGUGAAAAAUGACGUUUGGAUCAAGAACUACGAAGGAAAUACAUUGCAUGGAAAGGUAUGGCCUAACUAUCCCAAUGUUAGCGAAGAUACAAGUCUACCUUGGGAGGAACGUAUUGAGCGUUUCCGUGCGUACGUUGCUUUUCCUGAUUACUUCGCCAACAAUACGGCAAAAUGGUGGCGAAACGAGAUAGAGAAAUUUCACAAGAUCAUCGACUUCGAUGGCUUAUGGAUCGACAUGAAUGAACCAGCAAAUUUUGUUCAUGGAUCAAUUCGUGGAUGUCCACAUACAAAGUAUGACUACCCGCCGUAUAAGCCAUACGUCCUCGGAGGUACUCUGGCAGAUAAGACAAUAUGUAUGAGUGCGCAACAAGCUGAAGGAAAACAUCGCCAUUAUGACGUACACAGUUUGUACGGAUGGACAUCAAAGAUCAGUGGUUUCUUUGUAAAAAGUAACAUGACAACCAAGGAUGAUAACCUAACCUUACAGGAAACAGAAUCGAGUGCUAGUAAAGAUUUAGCAGCCACUGGGUCUUUUGAGGAAAAUCUACCUGAGAUUAAUUUGAAGGAGCCCAUAAGCGAAGACCAAACGGAACCAAUGAGAACGUUUAUUGAUGUUGAUGAAUUAAAUCCACUGACGCAGUUCAGAGAAAAUAAAGAAUUGAAUACGGUCACGGAUAAUGAAAAUCUUACUUCCAGUGACGCACUGUUCAUCGAAGAAUUUAACUUAAAUCAAAAUAUACAACGCGUUGCAACACCAGAAUCAACGACGACGUCUAACACUCUAGACACAACAGCAAUACAAGAUUUAGAUUCAACAGCAUCUGUUCUAAAUGAACAGACUAGAAAGCCUGAAUGGUACAAGAAAUAUCCAUGGAUUAGUUACGAAGUGGAUAAAGAUGCAUGCGUUUGUUUUGCCUGUAAAGAAUUUGGGAAGAAUACUUCAUUUGUGCUUACAAAUUGGAAGAAGUCGUCAAAGCUGGCAAAACAUGGCAAGAGUGAGAACCACGUCAGAUCCAUGACAAGAUGGCUCCAGUUUAAAGCAAUGGAAAGAAAGAAAACCUCCGUACUACAACAGCUGAAUAGUGCACACCAGGACCAGGUUGCUAUUAACAGACAAUACUUAAAAGUAAUCAUACAAUCUUUGAUGUACACUGCACAACAAAAUGUUGCAAUUAGAGGUCAUGAAGAGAUUCGGGGUGAUAUAUGGGAGAUAUCUGAUAUAAAUAGAGGAAACUUUCUCGAGUUACUUUGCAUAAGAUGCAACGAUUUGCCUUGGCUGAAAUCUAAACUUCAAAGCCAGCUGCAGACACAUGCUCAGUGGACAUCCCCUGCUAUUCAAAAUGAACUACUGGAAAUAGUAGCAAGUGUCAUGCUUGAGAGGAUAGCAGAAGAAGCAAGUAGCGACUACUACGGAAUAGUUGUCGAUGAAACGGCAGACAUCAGUCGAACAGAGCAAUUAUCUCUUUUCCUCAGAUAUGUUUUCAAUGGCGAAACCAAAGAGACAUUCACUGGUUUCUAUUCAACCAAAUCUACGGAAGGAGAAGUAUUGUAUGAGCUGUUAAAGACAGCCAUUGGCAGGCUAGAGUUGACAUUGGAAAACAUUGUCGCAGAAUGCUUUGAUGGCGCUGCAAAUAUGAGUGGCCCUCGCAAAGGACUUGCUGCACGCAUGAAGGAGUGCUCACCUCUUAGCAUCUAUGUUCACUGCCAUGGGCAUCGGCUUAACUUGGCGCUACAAGAUACGAUGACUACAAUUGAGCCACUUCAGAAAGCUUUAGGUGUGAUCCAGAGUCUCCAUAAUUUCUUGGAAGGAAGUCCCAAACGCCACUCCAUCUUCAAUGACAUCAAGGUCGAAGAUGAGGACGAAGAUAUUACACUGACUAUUAAAUCGCAGAGUGCUACUAGAUGGUCUUGUCGUUGGGCAGCUGUAAAAGCAGUAGUAAACCAAUUACCUAAGAUCAUCGAGGUUCUCCUUACACUCUCAAAAGAUCGCGAUCCGAAGACCUACAAUGACAGCAAUUCGCUACUUAACUCGAUUUGCGACUUUCGGUUCGUUUUUGGUUUGAUGGUAUUAAAGGUUAUUUUAUCUAACACCGAUGGUUUGAGCAGGUACCUACAAGGAAAGCAAAUGGAUGUCGCCACAGCAAAGAAGAGUGUUGAUGGCGUGAUUAAGACAUUAAUUGGAUGUCGUUCCCUCGAAAAUUUCGAACUGUUAUGGUCACGGGCUGAAAUCAUAGCACACAAAAUUAAGGAGCAAAUUGAAGGUACAGAAUUCAAUUUCAAAGAUGCAAAAGUACCAAGAUUCCAACAGCCGUCACGGCGGCUCCAAGCUCUCGUCGGUGAAAUGGCUGAAAUUGUGGCGGAGAUGAAAUCAAGAUUUGAAGGUAGUGAUCAAGAGGUCCUAUUGGCACUUGCAGAUAUUGUGUUCAACAGGUCUCCAACCACGGCGAAUGUUGAGUUGGUAUCACACUUCUAUGGUAUCGACAGUGAGCUUCUUAGUAGCGAGAAAAAUGUCUUUGAGAAUAUUGACGUUGAUUUCCCUUGUGCUGAGAGAGAAAACGCUGCCAAAAUUGUUAAGAGAAUGUUCGAAAAUGGUGUUCAUGAAGUCCUGCCUGUGGCUUACAAAUAUAUUAUACUCCAUGAUUUCACAUGUAGAAUCAUGCACAGUUUAACCAAUAAACGAAGCAUCGUAAUCUCUCGCUCGACGUACAUUAGCAGUGGUAAAUAUGCCGGACAUUGGCUAGGUGAUAAUCUUUCUGCAUACUACCAAAUGCAUCGCUCUAUCGUUGGAAUGCUGGAUUUCAACCUGUUUGGCAUACCGUAUAUUGGUGCGGACAUAUGUGGUUUUAUAGAUGAUACAACAGCAAGUUUGUGUCAACGCUGGAUGCAACUUGGGGCUUUUUAUCCGUUUAGUAGAAACCACAAUACAUUCGGAGCGAAGCCUCAACAUCCCACGGUGUUUGGUGAAACAAUUGCUAAAAACAUACGUGAUAUCUUAUUGGUUCGAUAUCGCUUGCUGCCAUAUCUCUACACUUUGUUUUACGAUGCUCACACCAAGGGUUCCACGGUUGUCAGACCUCUUCUUCACGAAUUUACAGCAGAUUCAGCAACAUGGACCAUAGAUAAGCAGUUUCUGUGGGGGUCAGCUUUGCUGAUAAGUCCAGCUUUGGAAGAGAAUCAAACAGAAGUGAAAGCGUAUUUUCCAGAUUCUCGUUGGUUUGACUACUUCACAGGAAAUGAAGUGUCACAAAGAAGCGCCUACAGAAACCUGACGACGCCUCAAGAUCACAUCAACCUCCACCUGCGAGGCGGGUUUAUAAUACCUGUACAAGAGCCAGCGAACAAUACUUUCUUCAGUCGUCGCAAUCCGUUUGGUUUGAUUGUAACUCUUGAUGAUGAUGAAAAAGCAAUUGGAUAUAUGUUCUGGGACGAUGGUGACUCAAUAGACACGAUAGAAAAGAACGCGUAUCUUCUGUUGCAGUUUAAAGUUGCUAAGAACAAGCUGACGAUAGAAACACCAAAAAAUAACAUCAACGUCACCCCCCGUCUUGACACAAUUGUUAUCCUCGGUUUAAAACAUGGUGAGGUAAGAUCAUCUCAAGGACAAUCCAUCUACAAAAACUCAUCAAAGUCACUGAACAUCACUGGUUUGAAUUGGAAUAUGAACGAGCGACAUGAAUUAUUCUGGACGACAAGCAAAUCACAUGCAGUCGGAAGUCAAAAGAAUGUUAUAACUCGUCUAAUCUUUUUAGUUGUGUAUUUUUUUGUGAACUUAUGAUGAAAAAACUUGACAAGUGUAGUGGAAUGCAAACCAUUUAAUUACAAAUAUAUUAUAUUAACUUUAAA